CGGCGAGGAGAGGCGCCGGCGGUUAGUGUUCGUCUUACCGGCGAGGAAAAUGAUCCAGUUUAUCUUUAUUCUCUUUACACACAGAUCUUUCUAGAGGGGCCUCAGAAUGGAGACGGCGUACUUCAAGAACAACUUCUGGGGCGAGAAGAGCGCCGGCUUCGACGUGCUCUACCACAACAUGAAGCACGGCCAGAUCGCCACCAAAGAGCUGGCGGAGUUCGUCCGAGAGAGGGCUGCUGUUGAAGAGACCUACUCCAAAUCCAUGAGCAAACUGGCUAAGAUGGCCAGCAAUGGAAGCCCGCUCGGCACCUUCGCCCCCCUGUGGGACGUGUUCCGGAUCUCCUCGGACAAGCUCGCCCUCUGCCACCUCGAGCUCAUGAGGAGGAUGAACGACCUCAUCCGCGACGUCAACAAGUACAGCGAGGAGCAGGUCAAAGUUCACCGUAAGACGAAGGAGGAGGUGAUGGGAACUCUGGAGGCCAUCCAGGCUCUCCAGGUUCAGAACGGGCAGCUACAGAAGAACAGAGAAGGAUAUCACACCAAGUGCACGGAGCUGGAGCGGCUACGCAAGGAAAGUGCUCCUCAGAAAGAGCUCGAGAAGGCCGAGCUGAAGUCUAAGAAAGCAGCGAAGUCGUUUGCAGCGUGUGUGGAGAAGUUUAACCACGCUGGAGGAGAUUUCCAGCAGAAGAUGAGCGAAUCUGCACAGAAGUUCCAGGACAUCGAGGAGGAUCACCUACGCCGGAUGAAGCAGCUCAUCAAAUCCUACUCGCACUCCAUAGAGGACACGCACGUCCAAGUGGGCCAGGUUCACGAGGAGUUCAAGCAGAACGUGGAGAACAUCGGCAUCGCCACCCUGAUCCAGAAGUUCACCGAGCAGAAGGGCACGGGCAAGGACAGACCAGGUCCUGUGAGCUUUGAACAGUUUCCUUCCUCUCAAACGUCCGACAAUAACAAGAAGAGCCGUGCAAAAGCGUUCAGGCUUCCUGGUCUGGGCAAGAAGGAUAAAGAACCUGAUAAUACGGAUGCAGCGCAGACGGGGACGCCGGAGGUGGAUGACGAGGGCUUCGUGGUUCGUGCUGAUGUCAGUCAGAAUGGCUGCACAGCGGAUAAACAGAACAGCUUUUACUCCAGCGACUCCGACUUCGACGACGAGGAGCCGAAAAAGUUCCACGUCCAGAUCCGACCCGUCUGCAGCCGCAACAAUUCGGCGGCUAACGAGCUGGAGCUAAAGGCUACGGUGGGGGCGCUCACCCUGCCACUCAACCCCGGGGUGAUGAUGAAGAGACACAUCUCACGUAACUCCAGUACUGCAGGCCGAUUGGAGGGUGAUGGUGAUGUCGCCCCCCACAGGGACGGUGAGCAGGAAGGUCUGCGCAAAUCCACCUCCAGCCCGGACCACAGCAGGUUGAACUCCACGGCGUCCGGUUCCGACUCGCUGUUCGGUCCACCUCUAGAAUCGGCCUUCAAAUCACACAGCUUCUCGGGACCAGAACAGAUCCAGUCGGCCCUCAAUUCAUCCGAGUACGGCGCGUUCUCAUCGGCGUCCUCGUCCCCCGAGAACGUGGAGGACUCCGGGUUGGACUCGCCUUCCCAGCAACCCUUGGGAGCGUCACCCGAGACCCCCGGCUGGGCCGCCUGGCCUUCAUCUGCACAAUCUAAAGACUCCACACCCUCAGGAAGACCCGUCGAUCUCUUACCCGCCCGCUCGCCACAUCCCCAAGAGUGGCCGUCGUUCCAGCGCUCUGCGUUAGCUCCUCCCCUCGCCGGAAACCCGCCGCCUUCGUUUGCGUUCCCUCCGUCUCCUAACGGCGUGGAUCCCGGCGUGCGGGGCUGUAAACACACCCCUCAGGAGGACGCCUUCCUGGCUGCGUUCGAGCGCCAGGACGGUCGCACCGUCACUCCCGACGCCUGGGUACCGCCGCCUCCCACUCACCCCGCCCCGCCCACGGCCGACAACAAACCGCGCCCGCAUCCCUCCUCCUCCCGCAAGGACCGAGAACGGAGGAGAGACCGGAGCGCGCCGCCUCCCGAAUCCCGCGGCGAUCCGUUCGCCGUCACCACGAUCGGCAGCCCGACGCGCCAAUCGGGAACCGGCUCGGACCCCGCUCCGACCGUCCAGCCUCAGACGCCGCUGACUCCCUGGGGUUCGGUCCAUAACCCGUUCAGCGAUGGAACGCAGGACGGCGGCAGGAGGCCCGGCAGAGCCGAAGCAGAGAGGGAACGCAGAGGUGGAGGGACGGCCAGGCGGCGGAGCGCGGGCGAGGAGCUGCGGCGCAGUGGACCGCCGCUCACUCGUCUCUCCGGCCCGCAGGAGGACCUCUGCUUCUCCACCGACCAGGAUCAGGACUGCCUGGACGUCAGCGCACACACAGGUUCUCAGCGGACUUACAGCAGUGAGCUCCUGGUUCUGGCUCCUCCUCGUCCGGCCCGGUCCAGGCGCUCCACACCCAGGCUGAGCGGGAGUGACCAGUCCAGGUCGCUGUGUUCAUCUCCUCUGCCCGAGCCCAGUCCCCCUCCAACGUCCUCCUCGUCCUCCUCCAGUCCCAGUGACUGGGGGGGUCAGACCCGAGCCGCCAGUCCCGCAAGAGGCUUGUCCCGAGGGCCGAGUCCCAUCACCCUGAGCGCUCAGGAGUCGUGGCCGGUCGCCGCUGCAUUUACAGAGUACAUAAACGCUUACUUCAAAGGAGGAGAAAACAACCGGUGUCUAGUGAAGAUCACUGGCGACCUCACCAUGUCAUUCCCAGCUGGAAUCAUUCGCAUAUUAUCAGCCAACCCUAACCCGCCGGUGCUCUGCUUCCGACUGGUUGACGUCUCUCGGGUGGAUCACUUCCUGCCCAAUCAGAAGCUUCUCUACAGCGACCCGUCUCAGAACGACCCGCACGCCAAAGAUUUCUGGUUCAACAUGCAGGCUCUGACGGUUCACCUCCAGAAGGAGGCCGAGCUCAAUCCCCAAGCUUCCUACUACAACGUGGGUCUGUUCAAGUACCAGGUCUCGUCUCAGGACCCGGCUCGAGCUCCGCUGCUGCUCUCGGCCGAGUGCCAACGCAGUGGCACGGUCACCCGCGUCGCCCUCGACUACCACUGUUGCCCAGCAACCGCUCCAGCCACGCAGCUCACGGCCGUACAGGUCCUGCUCCCGCUCGAACCCACAGCCACGGACCUGCAGUGCCAACCGCCCGCCUGCUGGAACACUGAGGAGAAGAGACUGUUAUGGAAGCUGCCCAACCUCUCGCCCACCAACCACAGCAAAGGCUCCGGGACGUUGUGUGCCAGCUGGCAGUGCCUGGAGACCCCCCGCGGUCCUGCCCCGAGCCUGGCGGUGCAGUUUGUGGGUUCGGGGGCGUCGCUGUCGGGUCUGGACGUGGAGCUGGUGGGCAGCCGGUACCGCAUGUCCAUGCUGAAGAAGAGAUUCGCCACGGGGAAGUACAUGGCUGGAUGUUUGUUGUGAGACGGACCACGCCCGGUUUUCUUCCUGCCAGGCACUGAGUUUGCACUUUUAUUGCACCAGGGUGAGUCCGAGGGUUCCAUACACAGGAACUCACAGGUGACCUCGACCGAAAAAAACACGGUCUGGUGUUUCUCAGCACUUCGCUGCUCCUGAUCCGUUUUUCUCUCCGAGUUCUCGCUCGUGUGUGUAAAUCUGGAUGUGGAUUUUUUUCGCUUGGAUUUUUCCGUGUUUUGGGUGUAAAUGUGAAUAAUAAUAAUAAUAAGCGAACACCGUUGCUGUAAAACAUUCUGAUCAUGUGAUCAUCAAAAAACCUUUAAUAUUAAAGACUUUGUUAUAACAAA